AUGGCGGCGCUGGGCCGCGCCGGGCGGGCGCGUCGCGGGCUGGUGACGCGGCGGCGGGGCGCGGGGAGGAGGAGGAUGGGGACGGGGACGGGGCUGUGAGAGCGGCCGCCGCGCCGGACCCUCCGCGCCGGGGCUGCGGGCUGCCACCGGGCCCCGCCGCUGCCUUGCGAGUCGGAGGUAGUGAUAAAGAAAAUAUCAAGAUGAGCAAAAAGCCUCCAAAUCGUCCUGGAAUCACUUUUGAGAUUGGUGCUCGUUUGGAGGCACUGGACUAUUUACAAAAAUGGUAUCCAUCUCGUAUUGAGAAGAUAGAUUAUGAAGAGGGGAAGAUGUUGGUCCAUUUUGAACGUUGGAGUCAUCGCUACGAUGAGUGGAUUUACUGGGACAGCAAUAGGUUGCGACCCUUGGAGCGACCAGCAUUAAGGAAAGAAGGGCUGAAAGAUGAUGAAGAAUUUGUUGAUUUUAAGCCUGGAGAAGAAGUCCUAGCUCGUUGGACAGACUGUCGAUAUUACCCUGCAAAGAUUGAAGCAAUUAAUAAAGAGGGAACAUUCACAGUGCAGUUCUAUGAUGGUGUUAUUCGAUGUCUUAAGAGGAUGCAUAUCAAAUCUAUGCCAGAGGAUGCAAAAGGGCAGGCGCGCGAGAGGGAGCAGAUAGCGCCGGAGCUGAGAUUAGUGACGGAAAUCGAACCAAAAGAAGACUGGAUAGCUUUGGUCAAAGCUGCUGCUGCUGCAGCAGCCAAGAACAAAGCAGGAAGUAAACCCAGAACCAGCGCAAACAGCAAUAAAGAUAAAGAGGACAGAAAAUGGCUAAAAGUUCCCUCAAAAAAGGAAGAAACCUCAACCUCUGCAAUCAUGCAGGAAGUCCAAAAGAAGGAAGAGGAGCCUACAUCUAGUGACACAUUUGUAGGAUUUCCUGUAGUGGAUGUUCCAAAGAUGGCCUUUGUUCAGGCUGAGAGCACAUUAUCGCACAAGAGGAAAAGUAAUCUAGGCAACUCAUUUCAGGCAAAGAGAGCUCGUCUUAACAAGAUCACUGGUUUAUUGGCAUCCAAAGCUGUUGUUGCGGAUGGUGCUGAAAAAAAGGAAGGCAACAAAGAAACAGCUCCAGUCCUGGAGCAGGAGAUUUCACCUAAACCACAAAGUCAGAAAAAAAAUGAAGCUGAUAUUAGCAGUUCUGCCACCAUUCAGAAACCUGCACUGUUAUCCUCAACUUUGUCUUCAGGAAAGGCUCGCAGCAAGAAAUGCAAACAAGAAUCUGGAGAUUCUUCUGGGUGUAUAAAAGCCCCUAAAUCACCACUUUCCCCAGAAUUAAUACAAGUCGAGGAUUUGACGCUGGUCUCUCAGCUUCCUUCUUCUGUGAUAAAUAAAACUAGUCCAUCACAGCCAGUGAAUUCCCCUAGAUCCUACAAACAUAGCCAACGGAGAAGAAGAUCACAGCGUUUAGCCACUUGCUCCUUGCCUGAUGAUUCUGUAGAAAAAGUUUCUUCUCCCUCUUCAGUUACUGAUGGAAAAGUGUUCUCCAUCAGUGGUCAAAACCAACAGUCAUCAAAAUUGGAGGUACCUGCUGUUGCUCAUAUGUCACUUGAGAAGCACGGACCGUGUCUCCCUCUCGAUUUAAGCUGUAGUUCGGAAGUUACAGCACCAUUAUCCACAGAAUCCACUUUCCGUAACGAAUAUACCAGUAAAGACAAGGAAGAUAUUCAGAUGAUUACAUAUCUUUCUUCCAAAGCAGUAAUUGAUGGAAGAGUAGCUACAACAGCGUCAGCACCCUCGUCCCAUGUACAUGCCUUGCAUCUGGAAAUGCCUUUAACCAAUAGUCUAAAGUUAUCCAAAGGGAAUAGUAGAAAAAAGAGGUCAUCCACAUCAGUGAGCUCUGAAGGGACAGAGAUACUGUGCUCUGUGCCCCUAAAGGAGAAAUGUUCUGAGAGUCUGAAGGAGAAAAUAUUAAAGAACGUGAUUGAGAAGGACAAGCAUUCAGAAGUUGGUGCAGUGAGAAUGGAAAGAAAAGGAAAACUGGAAGAGAAAAAUUCUUCAGCAUAUGGUAAAAAGAAAGAAAAGGAAAAGGAGAAAAAAGAGAAGAAGGAGAAAGAUCAUAAAUCAAAACAGAAAAAGAAGAAGAAAAAAAAGAAGAAAUCUAAACAGCAUGAUUAUUCCGAUUAUGAAGAUAGUUCUGUUGAAUUCUUGGACAGAUGCUCAUCUCCAUUAACACGGUCCUCGGGCAGCUCUCUGACUUUGCGCAGCAUGUUCUCGGAGAAGAACACGUCGUACCAGUAUCCAAGAGCUAUCUUGUCUGUUGACCUUAGUGGAGAAAACCUUUCAGAUGUGGAGUUCUUGGAUGACUCCUCUACAGAGAGUUUGUUACUCAGUGGCGAUGAAUACAAUCAGGAUUUUGAUUCAACUAACUUUGAAGAGUCUCAGGACGAAGAUGAUGCUCUCAAUGAAAUUGUUAGAUGCAUUUGUGAACUGGAUGAAGAAAAUGGCUUUAUGAUUCAGUGUGAAGAGUGCUUGUGUUGGCAGCACAGCGUGUGCAUGGGGCUGCUGGAGGACAGCAUUCCGGAGCAGUACAUCUGCUACAUCUGUCGAGAUCCACCAGGAGAAAAAGGUCAUUCACAAUAUCAGUAUUUUAAAGUGUAUUGGGAUAAUGGGCAGAAAGGAGAUAGACAGGGUAUUCUUCUGAAAGGUCAGAGGUGGAGUGCCAAAUAUCUUUAUGAUAAAGACUGGCUGAACAAUGGACACAUGUGUGGAUUAUCCUUUUUGAAAGAAAACUACUCUCACCUUAAUGCCAAAAAGAUUGUGUCAACACAUCACCUACUGGCAGAUGUAUAUGGUGUGACUGAAAUAUUGCAUGGACUUCAACUGAAGAUUGGGAUAUUAAAAAAUAAACAUCACCCAGACCUUCAUCUCUGGGCUUAUUCAGGGAUGCGAAAAGAACAGGAACAAAUAACUGUUGGGGUAGAGAAAAAAUCGGUGACUUUGCCAGAUGUCGUUAAUCCACCUGAAAGGACGUGUCACAGUCAAAACCAUAGAGAGCCACCCUGUAAACCCCAGAAGAUGGAAGAAACGUACAUCACAAGUGAGCACAGUUACCAAAAACCUCAGAGUUUUGGUCAAGAAUGCAAAGCAGUCACUGACCCUAUGAGCUCAGAUGAUGAAGAUACAAGUAGUUUUGAGGAAGAUCAGGAAUUUCACACAGAGAAUAAAAACUGUUUACAAUAUUCAUUUAAAGAUGAUGGCAUGAAUGAGCAGAAUUCUGCUGAAGGAAACACUGUGUUUGUUUGCAAUGAAAGAAAAGGCUCAGAGGAACAAGUGGACACACAUCUUCAAUGGCAGCUAAACCUCCUCACCCACAUAGAGAAUGUACAGAACGAAGUCACCAGCAGAAUGGACCUGAUUGAAAAAGAAGUUGAUGUUCUAGAAAGCUGGCUCGACUUCACUGGAGAACUGGAACCACCAGAUCCUCUGGCCAGAUUGCCUCAGCUCAAGCGACGUAUCAAACAGCUCUUAAUUGACAUGGGGAAAGUACAGCAAAUAGCAACGCUUUGCUCUGUAUGACAAAAGGAAGAAUAAAGAAAUAAAAAUAGGUUCUUUACAGUGAAUUUUCUUACUAGCCACAAGACUGACAGGAAGAUAACAACAAGCUGAGCAUUUAUCUGGUUCUUUGCUGAUUACAUUAAUAGCCUGAAGCUUUAGAGAGAGGAGAGGAAAUGUAGAUUAAGGAAUCUGUUAUAUUGAAAAUCUGAAUAUUUGUGUCCAAGCUUCAAAAUGUGAUACAUUACAUUCUGAGAAACGUGGAUGUGAUUUUUAACAUGCUAAACAAGACAAUUCCCACAGAUAAGAAAGCUGAAGCGACGAAACCUCUGCGAAGAACAGCGCUACGGGUUUGAAACCUUUGGUAAAACGUUCUAAACUUGCAGAAGUCAACUGGUGAAAAAUUCUUGGGAACUGCUUUUUUAUUGAAUUCCUUUUCUCUUGCUAGUGAAAGAUAGACACAGAGAGAUCUAUAUCCUCUCUAUAAGGAAAGUUUUUUAGAUUAUUUCCUUCUCUCAUGAAUGUUCAGGAAAAUGAACGUACCUGCUAUGAUUUAUUUUUUUUUGAAAGAAAUUGCUGAUCAUUGUCUCCUUUUUAAAAUAUUUUUUUAACUAGAAAUCCUUAUUACAGCACCCUUAGGCUCCUUUAAGUGGCAAAUAGUGGUCAGAUGUGCCAAAUAAUAUUAAAACCACUGGGAUGAGAGUUUGUGACUUACAUGAAGGUUUUUUUCCCUGAAGUCCUACUUGGUGCCAGCAAUCCAUCCAAAAUUGUAUCUAGUUUAUAUUUUUUUUAUGUUCUCUUGCAGUAUUCAGGAUUCAAGGUACAAUUUUUGUCCUGGGUAGUUGAGUUCUGGUGUUCACCCUCUGAAACGUUACCAUCCUCAGCUGGGAUGAGGAAUGACGAGAGCAGCAAAACUGUCUGUGGCUGUGAAUAUGCGAAACCACUGGAAUAAAUAUCACACGAUAAUGUCACCCAAGAUGUUUUUGUAAAAUCAUUCGCCUUCAGUGAAUGAAACAUCACAAAACCAAAGGCAACCUACUUGAUUUAUUAGCUCUUGCUGGAUUUGGAGCCCAGGACUUUCCCUGUGCUUACAAGUUGCCGCUGUACCCAGUGCUACAUACGUAUGUGUAUGUAUAUGUGUAUAGAAACACAUGUACAUAUAUACAUACUAUAUACAUUUAUAUCUACACAUGUCUAGUUUUAUUACAAUAGACUAUUAAAACUGGUGGUUAACAUGAAAUGUUACCUUUUAACAAGCAGUUUCUAAAAUUGAAAAUAAUGUAUGUACAGGUUUUGAAAUUUGUAAAAUAUGACUGUUAAAAGGAGGCUAUUUAACUGAUGACAUUAAGAUACUUGAACGUUUUAUGCCUCAUGUCUGUUUAUCAGUUCUAGUUAUCUGUAUAAAUGCAUUUUAGAACCGAUAGACAGUAAACUUGAAUUUACCUUUUGAUAAGAGUACAAGCCACUGUACAUUCAAAAAUUAUUUAAAUUUGCAAACACACUGUUCUAUAUGUAAGGUACUGUAUGUAAAACUGUUUAUUAAAACUAUUCUGCAUACUCUA